AUGGAUCGCGUGGAGGAUCCUCUGGCGUCAAAGGUUGAUGCCCCUUUUCAGCCCUCCCCUCUGGUCCCCCGGCAUCACAAGUCCAUUCCUUCGCGCUCACAUCCCACUGACCCUUCGACAACGGUCGACCCGGCCUCUCCCGAAGUUAUCUCCUCUCUGAUCUCGUCACUCUCUACGAUCUCGGUGCCCCUCCAGUCUCAUUUCGACAACGUUCCGCGCAUUGGUUCGGAGACGGCCCCUUCUGCGCCUGUGUACAUCCUUUCAGGUCAACAUUUCAGCCCCGACCAACAUCAACUCAGCGAACAUGGUUUUGGAGUGAGCAACAGGGCGCGCCAAGCGUCCGAGGAGGCAUUACAGACCCCCUUCCUGCAUCCAGAUGAUGCGGCUGCUCCUCCUGUCAUUCGCAUGGCACGGGCGCCUCCAUCCCCCAAAUCCAAAGCGACUCUCGACCCCCCUUUGUCACCAGGAAGGCCAACAUCUAGGGGCUCGUAUACAUCAUCUAAAGCGGCCUAUGAAGACUCUGCCUUUGGUACAAUCACAACGGAACCAGGGCCUCGAGUCUCGACUGCUAACAGUGUCGCAUCCUCGGGCUCCAGAAAAAGCCUGAGAAACCAAUUUAACCUGCUCAAAAGGCCGUCCCGCGAGUUUUGCGGUGAUAAGGAUAGGCCGACUGACCGGCUGCGCAAGACUAGUAGUUUUAACGACGGUCUGAGACACAAUAUACCGCGCAGUCGUGCCAGUAUACGCUCAUUGUGUUCUAUGGCCGACGUCGCCGAGGAGACACGCCCAGUACGUUCAGCCACCGAGCCCACCAGAGAAGCAACAUUUAGCAGACCAUCCAGUAAGGAACGCCACUCCUUGCAAAACGCUCGCGACAGUGCGCCGAACACGCCCGGCGGCAUCGGCAGCGGACGGAUUAUUCCCGCCCGGGAGUCAUCUUUACGGCACAGCUUCUAUUCCAGCCCAAAGCAUCGCAGAUCCGCCCGUCAUAGUCGGUACUCGUCAACAAGUAGCAGGGAAAUGAAGAUGGACAGCGCAGUGUCAGCCAUGGGCAACGAGGCCGAACAGGUAACAAAAAGGAUUCAAGAGUUGAAAGACCAACAACAAAAGAUAAAGAGCGAAUUAGAGAUAGAUGAUACCCCAGACAAGCCUUCUAAAUUUGCACCCGUCGCACCUGUUCGGCAGCCGCAACAGAUCAGGGACAGCGGCGAAUCUAUUGGCCAUGGGCAGGUGGCCCGCCAAGGAGAUUGCGCUUUCGACGAAAGCGCGCCGGCCCCGGCAGUCAUGACGGGCAAGAGCCGCUUCAUUACUCGUAACGACCCUCCGCUGGCCUCCAAGUUUACCAAUACAUUGCCGCAGUCUUUGGAUAAGUUAGACCCGCUCGCCCGCUAUAGGGGACCUUUGGAGCAAUCAGCUCCAGCUCUAUCUCACAGGCGCUCUCCGUCUGAUUCCGCUGCUCCUGUCUCGACUGGGGAGGAUCGCCCCUCAAGUGCCGAUUCCAUUGACCUUGCGGUCUACGACUACAUAUUAUCCCCAAAGCUUACCCAGAGGGUAUCCCAUCCCACAUCAGGCCGUGCAAUUGCGUUCUCGGAGGUAGGGGACCCUAAAGGUUAUGUGGUACUAUGUUGUCUUGGCAUGGGCCUAACAAGAUAUUUGAUGGCGUUCUAUGAUGAACUGGCACGGUCCCUGCGCCUUCGGCUCAUCACAUUGGAUCGUCCAGGCGUGGGCGAGAGUGGGCCAUAUGUGGAUGAGCCGGGAACUCCUCUCAAUUGGCCUGACGAUGUUGCGAUUGUGUGUAACCACCUUAAAGUGACCAAGUUCUCGAUAAUGGCGCACUCUGCAGGUGCAAUCUACGCGUUGGCCACGGCAUUAAGGAUUCCACAACAUAUCCGGGGUCGUAUUCAUUUGUUGGCUCCGUGGAUCCCGCCUUCUCAGCUCUCUAGCAUUGGAUCACAAAAGGCCCCCGUCCCCACCAAUGCCGUCCCAUACUCGCAGCGUAUACUUCGAGCACUCCCAACGUCUAUACUCAAGGUGGCUAAUUCGAGCUUCAUGAGCGCGACUAGUGCAAGCCUUACGUCCAGUCUACCCAAGUCUCCUCGACGAGCUAAACGAAAAGCGAUGCUGAAGGACACCUCCGGAUCCACUGGUCCUGAAGCUAAGGGCACGCAACGACUCACUUCCAAGGUCUAUCAGCAAGGAGCGGACUUUAAGGCCCUUGAGGGUCUGAAGGCACCGGAUAUUUCUGUAGGGGAGAGUUAUCACAGGGCCGCUGAGCCGACAAAGAGUGAGGUCUUGCUUGCCUCGUCCCAAGAACGCGAACGCCAGACGGAUUACGACAAUCGACUUACCCAUAAGAUUUGGGAGCUGGCUACUACAAAUGCGAAUCCAGCGGUGGAUUUGCUGGUUUGUUUAGAGCGUCGCCAGCCGAUUGGAUUCCGAUACGUGGAUAUCACUCGAAAUGUUGUUAUUCACCAUGGAAGUCGAGACACCCGUGUCCCUGUUGACAAUGUCCGAUGGUUGGGCCAAACGAUGCGGCGUUGUGAGGUCCGAGUUCUGGAAGGAGAGGGCCAUGGGCUGAUGGCUUCUGCGGCAGUGAUGGGCAAUGUUCUAAUGGAGAUUGCCAAAGAGUGGGAUGAUUGGAUGAUUGUGGUCCAGGGCAAGCGUAGAGCAACCGUGGGGACACGUACAGGAAUUGCAGUUCAAGCAUCAUGA